AUGGCUGCUGUUGUGACCACGCCGGCCGUACUGCCACUGUUAUUUCCAUUAGAAAAGCAGGAUGCGGUGGGGUUUGCUGACCUCGAGAUCCUCCAAGACACGAAUCAAUACGAUGAAAACCAACGUGAUAACCCGAAUAUCAAUCGAUCGCAACCGGUGCCCAUCAUGACUGAAGGCUCGGAGCGACAAACAUCACCGAAGGAGGCCAAACUCUUCGAGAAGGACAAUCGAUACUCAGAUGAUGAGUCGUCCAUAUUCUCGGAAGAGGCUUACAUCCGAGUUGCUCGUAGCCCAGCUCUCCCAUCUGCGAGUUCAGCCCAGAGCCGACACUUCGAGAAGCUCGUAGCCUUGAGAGCUCCACAUCGCGCCGAGAAUACGGCGAGACCGGGAUCUCCGACCAAGCAUGCUCAAUUGCAGGGUAUACUACACUCGCAACAACGGAGCACCCAUGCGAAAAUUGGUGUCGGGCUUCAAAACAGGGAUACUUCGUCGUUCCCAGAAAGUGCCUGGUCGGACAUACCUAGAUCAACGGAGCAACCCGGGCCUGUGGUGAAUCGCUCAAUCGCUGAAAGUUCGGGGGAAAGGGACGACGAAGAAGAAGAAGGUAUUCGUAGCUUCCCAGAACGCAACGUCGAUGUGAAAUCUUCGUGGGAUGGCACCGAAGAUGAUGACGUCAAUGCAAGCCAGUACGCGGGCCAACUCGAGAUCCGUCGAAUUACAGAACACUGGACCAGAAUGAGAGAUUCCCGCGAUGCUGUGAAGCAGACAUUUGACCGAAUCAAAACCGAGCGUGAUAAGCUGUUAGAUCUCCGCCAGAAGAGGGACACAGCCUAUAGAGCUUUGGAAAUGGCCAUCCUCAGUAAUCUUCAGCGCCCUCCCGACCUAGAUCGCCUCUGCAAGGCAUCAAGAGAGGCUAGCCUUAAUUGCCAACAGGCAGAGAUGCACCUGGAUGGGUUGAUAGAUGAACUUGAAGAGGGAGAAAUCGAUUUAGAGAUCCAAGAGCGGAGAUUCUUCACUGCAGUUGCCCAUAGCGAAACUUCGGUUGAAGUGGAUGGUUCCGAUACAGAAUCGCGGCCGUCAUCCCGCACAUCGCUACGAGGCAUACCAGCUGACAGACCUGAGGACAUACAUCCCCUUUACGCGGAACUACAAGACUCGCUGGGGGAACUCCAGCUGGCCAGGGAAUUCAUGAUGAGUCUGAGGUUGAAGAAAAGGCUUCUUGACUCUAAGAAAGUCUGCGAGCAGACACUUGACGACAAAGAUUUCCUAGACGACCACGACGGACUGCAAAGGAAAGCUCAAAGCCAAAUUGACCAUUGGGCACAGACUGCAGAAAGUUUGGAAACUGAGUGUCGGGAGAAGGACGUUAUGCCCAAGCAUCUGCCGGUUGUAGACUUUCAUCGACAGGGGUCUGGUUUCGAUACUUUAUACAAAGACGACGUUGACCUCGAAGAGAUAGGCCCAGAGCACACCUUUUCAGGGGCCACCGGUCCAAAAACGCUCGCUCACCCGCGCUUUCCCGUGUUGUUGUCAAACCCCAUCCAUUUGCUUGGUCAAUUUCCGCAAACUGCACAGCAAUAUCUGCGCAUGGCAGUCUCCCUUCCCGCACAUGUGCCGCUCAAGUCCAAGUACGUUGAAGAUGCUCGCAGGGAAUGUGGCAUUCAGUUCCUACUUACAGUCACUCCCCCUCGAGAAGCUCAAAAGGAGCACAUCGCUCAACCUGCGCCGACACAAAACGGGUCACGAGACAAUCCAAGAGACGCUCUGCAACAAGAUAAGGGCCCUCCUCACGGUACCCAGGUAACGCUUGCCGAACUUCGUUCUAAAGAUGGACCGGUUGUGGAAUGGGAAAACAAACAGGAUUACAUCAACAGAUGGCUAUUGCACAAACUUCGUCUGUCUGCCAUGGAAGCUGAAACGCUGUCAGCUACCUUCCGCUCUUUCCUCAAAAUCCUCAACAUAGAGCGAUGGCAAAUGGAUGUGCUUUACUUUUGGGCACGAGAUGAGGCUGCGCACGACACUCACGUUGAAGGGCAGUACGGGGAACGCAGCAGUUUGGCUGUAUUUCUCGAUGAAGAUGUCCGGAAGUCGGAAUCAGGAAUGACGGAACGCGCUGCUGGCCAGUCUGCAGAUUGA